AUGGCAGCUCGCAUCGGCGUCUCCGUCAUCAUCCGCAGCACCAGGGGCGAGUUUCUUGUCGGCCAACGUGUCGGCGGCUAUGGAGCAGGCUCGUGGCAGCUGCCCGGCGGAUACGUGGGCGCGGGCGAGGGCCUGCUCGCCGCUGCCGUCCGAGCGACCAAGGAGGAGACGGGCGUCGACGUGGAAGCUCUCUGGGUCGUCGACACCACCUAUGGCCUCUUGACGCAGGAAAGCGAGGAGUACUUGACCUUCUUUGUCUACUGCACCAUCCAAUACGUCAGGGCUGUGUCCGAGGCCAACGAGCCCGAAAAGCGCGUCGGGUGGGUUUGGAGGAGCGUCGAUGAACUGCAGAGCCUCCCCCUGUUCCUCCCGCUCUCUCGUCUCCUCGAGCACUCGCACAACCUGACCGAGAGCAGGGGCCUCAGCGUCAGGCUCCCUCCAGACAGCGUGGCAGACCGGCCCGUCAUCACCAUCAAAUGGGAUCAUGCCGCUCGGGGCGGCUGGAAGCUGGAUGGUCUGCGUGCCACCUUGACGCUCCCUGCGAGACGCGACGUGACCAUUGUUGACGCGGCCGUCGACGCCAACCGCCGCCUCGACGCCGUCGUAGUCGUCCGCGGCUCCGAAGGCCAGGGCAGGCAGAAGAUGGCGGUGCCGUUUGCAACCGACCUUGUUUUUUCCAACUUCAAGGACCGCCACGGCCAAGGCUUCUGCGAUCAGUAUUUGCUCGAGGCCGUCAACACCGACGUCGAGGGAAACUACAAGCUUUGGCUUCGGUACUGA